AUCUCGGCGCACAGCCCAGCUUCCUUCAAAAUGUCUACUGUUCACGAAAUUCUCUGCAAGCUCAGCUUGGAGGGUGAUCAUUUCACACCCCUGAGUGCAUACAGGUCGGUCAAAGCAUACACCAAUUUUGAUGCUGAGCGUGAUGCUCUGAACAUUGAAACAGCCAUCAAGACCAAAGGUGUGGAUGAGAUCACCAUUGUCAACAUUUUGACCAACCGCAGCAAUGAACAGAGACAGGACAUUGCCAUUGCCUACCAGAGAAGGACCAAAAAGGAACUUGCAUCAGCAUUGAAGUCAGCCUUGGCCGGCCACCUGGAGACUGUGAUUUUGGGCCUAUUGAAAACACCUGCUCAGUACUACGCUUCUGAACUGAAAGCCUCCAUGAAGGGGCUGGAGACUGAUGAGGACUCCCUCAUUGAGAUCAUCUGCUCAAGGACCAACCAAGAACUUCAGGAAAUUAACAGAGUCUACAAAGACCUCUACAAGACCGAUCUGGAGAAGGACAUCAUUUCUGACACAUCUGAUGACUUCUGCAAGCUGAUGGUUGCCCUUGCAAAGGGUAGAAGAGCAGAGGAUGGCUCUGUCAUCAAUUAUGAACUGAUUGACCAAGAUGCCCAGGAUCUCUAUGAUGCUGGAAUGAAGAGGAAAGGAACUGAUGUGCCCAAAUGGAUCAGCAUCAUGACUGAGAGGAGUGUGUGUCACCUCCAGAAAAUAUUUGAAAGGUACAAGAGCUACUGCCCUUAUGACAUGCUGGAGAGCAUCAAGAAGGAGGUCAAAGGAGACCUGGAAAAUGCUUUCCUGAACCUGGUCCAGUGCGUUCAGAAUAAGCCCCUGUAUUUUGCUGACCAACUGUACGACUCCAUGAAGGGCAAGGGGACUCAUGAUAAAGUCCUGAUUAGAAUCAUGGUCUCUCACAGUGAAAUGGACAUGUUGAAAAUUAGGUCUGAAUUCAAGAGAAAGUACGGCAAGUACCUGUACUACUACAUCCAGCAAGACACCAAGGGCGACUACCAGAAAGCACUGCUGUACCUGUGUGGCAGGGAGGACAGAAGCCCAUCACGGCAUGAGUGUCUAAGAGUGGUGCCCCUUUGUUUGCAGUUCCACCUUGGAUGCAGCCCUGCCACUUUGUCCUCUUGGACCAGACACUACCCCAUGAUGGAGAACACCUGUGUGCGUGUGUUGGAGGACAGGGAAGAGGAGGUGGUGCUGUGCCUGCAAACAGUGGGCUGUGGAUCAUUAAACGGCUGGGGGUUGGCCACAGGUAAGGACUGCAGGUGUGGGCACGGUCUGCAAGUGAAGAAUACCACAUGCGAGGGGCUCUGGGGAGCAGCCUCCCAGCAGCCCAUGGGAACUACUUUGAAGAGUUUCCCUUGCAUUCAAAACAACCUAGUGCUCUGA